UUUUCUGGCUAUGUCGAUGUGCUUGAUACAGACGACCACUUCUUCUUUCUGUUUUUCGAAUCCCAGGGGUCGCCUGCAUCAGACCCUACCUUAUUGUGGCUCAAUGGUGGGCCUGGCUGCUCUUCAAUGGCAGGGGCGUGGGUAGAAAUAGGGCCUUGUCUUAUCAAUGGCGAUGCAAAUGGGACCCAUAUUAACCCACACAGCUGGAAUAAGCUGGCUAAUCUGAUUUUUCUUGAUCAGCCUGUAGGCACAGGAUACAGUUACGGUAAAUCUAGAGUGACAAGUUCAAACAGGGCUGCCCAAGAUGUCUAUGCUUUUCUGCAAGUCUUCUUUCGCAUGUUCCCAAAGUAUAAAACGCAAUUUCAUAUUGCAGGCGAGUCUUACGGAGGUCAUUAUAUUCCAACAUUAGCUGAUGUUAUAUCUACUAACAAUGAACAUGCCCACGAGAAUGACCUUUUGCCAAUUGAAUUGGUGUCUAUCUUGAUUGGCAAUGGUUGGACAGGUUUUAGUACCCAAAUUGGAUUUUAUGAAGAUUAUGGAUGCUCUAAUGAUAAUCAACCCAUCUUUGAUGAGCAAGUAUGCAAGUCCAUGCGAGAUACAAAGGCUCGGUGUCAAUAUUUGGCCGAUCUCUGUUAUAAGUAUCCAUCCCGAGCCACAUGCUAUCCGGCCGGGCUUUAUUGCAAACAUACCCAACUGGACCCUUUUGAAAAUACAGGGCUUAAUCCUUUUGAUAUCCGAAGAGUAUGUGGACAGACUACAGACUAUUGCUACCAAGAGAUGUACCGUUUGGAAGUGUGGGCCGACAAAGACUAUGUAAGACAAGAACUUGGCGUUGAUCCGCAGGUUGGCCAAUUUUCGCACUGCAAUCCAGCCAUGGAAACACGUUUCGUCCUAUCAGCUGACAUGGUAUAUGACUUUUCUCAUUAUAUCUCGCAAUCCUUGACAAGAGGCGUGCGAGUGUUAAUGUUCGCAGGUGACAUGGAUUGGCAGUGUAACUGGUAUGGAAACAAGGCCCUUUCUCUAGGGCUGGAAUGGCCAGGAAAAGACGAAUACCAACAGGCAAAGGAUGAAGUAUGGCGGAACAGCGAUACCAGAAAGAUAGCUGGUUACGUUCGCUCUUUUGAUAAAUUAACUUUCAUAAGAAUUCUAAAUGCGGGUCACAUGGCUAUUUUCGACCAGCCAGAAAAUGGAUUCGACUUGAUUUCAAAGUGGAUAAGCAAUCUUACUCUUCAAGAUAUGUAA